GCGGCGGGGGGAGCCGGGAGAUCAGGCGCCUCCCGGGUCUGUCCGGAGGGCUCUCCCCAGAGGCAGCAUGGAGCCCGCCCCGGGAGCCGGCUCCAGCCCCGGCCCGCAGGACCGGGCCCCCGCCCCCGCCGCGCCCCCCGGCCAGCGCCCCGCCGCGCCCCCCGAGCCCGCCCCGAGCCUCGGGGAGCCGCCGGCCGGCCCGGGCGCGGCGGGCGAGGCGCUGGCGGCGCUGACGGCGUUCGGGCGGCGGCUGCUGGUGCUGGUGCCGGUGUACCUGGCGGGGGCCCUGGGGCUCAGCGUGGGCUUCGUGCUGGUCGGCCUCGCCCUCUACCUGGGCUGGCGCCGCGUCCGCGACGGCAAGGAACGGAGGCUCCGCGUGGCGCGGCUGCUGCUGGACGACGAGGAGCGGCUCACGGCCCAGACGCUGUACCUGAGCCACCGGGAGCUGCCCGCCUGGGUCAGCUUCCCAGACGUGGAAAAGGUGGAAUGGCUAAAUAAGAUUGUGGCCCAGGUCUGGCCCUUCCUGGGGCAGUACAUGGAGAAGCUUCUGGCUGAGACGGUGGCCCCUGCUGUGCGAGGAUCUAACCCUCAUUUACAGACAUUCACAUUCACCCGAGUGGAACUGGGUGAAAAGCCGCUGCGCAUCCUAGGAGUCAAAGUUCACCCGGGUCAGAACAAGCAGCAGAUCCUGCUGGACAUGAACAUCAGCUACGUAGGCGACAUACAGAUUGAUGUGGAAGUGAAGAAAUAUUUCUGCAAAGCUGGGGUCAAGGGCAUGCAGCUGCACGGUGUCCUGCGGGUGAUUCUGGAGCCGCUCAUAGGAGACAUUCCUAUCGUGGGGGCUGUGUCCAUGUUCUUUAUUCGACGCCCGACCCUCGAUAUCAACUGGACGGGGAUGACCAACCUGCUGGAUAUCCCAGGACUCAGCUCGCUCUCCGACACCAUGAUCAUGGACUCCAUCUCUGCCUUCCUGGUGCUGCCCAACCGCCUGCUGGUGCCCCUGGUGCCUGACCUCCAGGACGUGGCCCAGCUGCGCUCCCCUCUCCCCCGGGGCAUUAUCAGGAUUCACCUGCUGGCUGCUCGAGGCUUAAGCUCCAAGGACAAAUAUGUGAAGGGCCUGAUUGAGGGCAAGUCAGACCCCUAUGCCAUUGUGCGAGUGGGCACCCAGACCUUCUGUAGUCGUGUCAUCGACGAGGAACUCAACCCGCAGUGGGGAGAGACCUACGAGGUGAUUGUGCACGAGGUCCCGGGCCAGGAGGUGGAGGUGGAGGUGUUUGACAAGGACCCCGACAAAGAUGACUUUCUGGGCAGGAUGAAGCUGGAUGUGGGGAAGGUGCUACAGGCUGGAGUCCUGGAUGAGUGGUUCCCUCUGCAAGGCGGGCAAGGCCAAGUCCACUUGAAGCUGGAAUGGCUGUCACUGUUGCCAGAUGCAGACAAACUGGAGCAGGUCCUGCAGUGGAACCGAGGCGUCUCCUCCCGGCCGGAGCCCCCGUCAGCUGCCAUCUUGGUUGUCUAUCUGGAUCGGGCCCAGGAUCUCCCUCUGAAGAAGGGGAACAAGGAGCCCAACCCCAUGGUACAACUGUCCGUUCAGGACGUGACCCGGGAGAGCAAGGCUGUCUACAACACCAACAGCCCCGUGUGGGAGGAGGCCUUCCGCUUCUUCCUGCAGGACCCUCAGCGCCAGGAGCUCGAUGUGCAGGUGAAGGACGACUCCAGGGCGGUGACGCUGGGGGCGCUGACCCUGCCCCUGGCCCGCCUGCUGACGGCCUCCGAGCUCACCCUGGACCAGUGGUUCCAGCUCAGCGGCUCGGGCCCAGGCUCCAGGCUCUACAUGAAAGUGGUCAUGAGGAUCUUGUACUUGGACUCGUCAGAAGUGCGCUUCCCCGCGGCCACCGGUGCCUCCGACCUGGACCGCGAGAGCCCCCAGCCGGGCAGCAGCGUGGACGCGCCCCCGCGGCCCCGGCACACCACUCCGGACAGCCACUUCGGGACCGAGAACGUUCUCCGGAUCCACGUGUUGGAGGCCCAGGACCUGAUCGCCAAAGACCGUUUCCUGGGCGGGCUGGUGAAGGGCAAGUCCGACCCCUACGUCAAACUGAAGCUGGCGGGACGGAGCCUCCGGAGCCGCGUGGUGCGGGAGGACCUCAACCCGCGCUGGAACGAGGUGUUUGAGGUGAUUGUCACGUCGAUCCCAGGCCAGGAGCUCGGGGUGGAGGUUUUUGACAAGGACCUGGACAAGGACGACUUCCUGGGCAGGUGUAAAGUGAGCCUCACCGCCGUCCUCAACAGCGGCUUCCUUGACGAGUGGCUGACCCUGGAGGACGUCCCGUCUGGCCGCCUGCACCUGCGUCUGGAGCGUCUGACCCCCCGCCCCGUUGCUGCUGAGCUAGAGGAGGUGCUGCAGGUGAACAGUCUGAUCCAGACGCAGAAGAGCGGAGAGCUGGCUGCGGCCCUGCUGUCCGUCUACCUGGAGCGGGCGGAGGACCUUCCGCUCCGAAAAGGUACCAAGCCUCCCAGCCCUUAUGCUACUAUCACCGUGGGAGAAGCCUCUCAUAAAACUAAGACUGUUCCCCAGACGGCAGCCCCCAUCUGGGACGAGUGUGCCUCCUUCCUCAUCAGGAAACCGAACACGGAGAGCCUGGAGGUGCAGGUUCGGGGUGAGGGCGCCGGCGCGCUGGGCUCCUUGUCGCUGCCCCUCUCGGAGCUCCUUGGGGCCGAGCAGCUCUGCGUGGACCGCUGGUUUGCACUCAACAACGGUCAAGGGCAGGUGCUGCUGAGAGCACAGCUGGGGAUCCUGGUGUCCCAGCACUCGGGAGUGGAAGCCCACAGCCACAGCCACAGCUCCUCUUCUGUGAGCGAGGAGCUGGAGUCCUGGGGGGGCCUGCCUCACGCCACCUCCUCGGCCCCGGAGCUCCGGCAGCGCCUCACCCACGGGGACAGCCCCCCGGAGGCGCCGGCCGGGCCGCUGGGCCAGGUGAAGCUCACCGUGUGGUACUACAGCGAAGACCGGAAGCUGAUCGGCAUCGUGCACAGCUGCCGGUCCCUUCGGCAGAACGGACGGGACCCCCCCGACCCCUACGUGUCGCUGCUGCUGCACCCGGACAGGAGCCGGGGCUCCAAGAGGAAGACCUCGCAGAAGAAGAGGACCCUCAAUCCCGAGUUCAACGAGCGGUUCGAGUGGGAGCUGCCGCUGGAGGAGGCCCUGCGGCGGAAGCUGGAGGUCUCCGUGAAGUCCGGCCCGUCCUUCAUGUCCAGGGAGCGGGAGCUGCUGGGAAAGGUGCAGCUGGACCUCGCGGAGACAGACCUGUCCCAGGGCGCGGCCCAGUGGUACGACCUGACGGAUGACAAGGACAAAGGCAGCUCCUAGGAGCAGGGGUGACCGGCCUCACUGCUGUCACUCCGCCUCGCCUCCUGCCGCAUCGCCGCCUCAAUGCGAUGAGCCAAACGCGAGGGCCUGAGGCAGAGCCUGUGCCCCCGGCCCGCCAGGGCCUUUGCCUGACCAAAGAGGGGAACCUUCUUCACUGCACGGCCUUCACCUUCGGGGCUCCGAGGCAGCGCCCUGCUCUGCCGCAAAGCCCCCGCCCCGCCCCCUCCUCAGGGCUCUGAACCUGUGCCUGGCCGCUGGCAGCACUUGCAGUGGCACCAGCUUAUGCCAAACACAUUUCUAGAAAGACCUUUUGUCUUUCAUGGAACCGUCUUCUUCCCGUUGUAAACGAGAGGCGAAGCACAGGGGUAGGAAGUGGGCAGGCUGACCCCUGGAGCUCCGAGCCUCUCGGACCCCUGCAUGUAGCGAGUGAAGAGCACCCUGUCCCAUGUGCAUUCUGACCCCGCGUCCCUCCAGCCUGUCCCCAGCGUCACCUGCUGCGGGGCCGGGCCAGCAGCCUCCCGAUCCCCCCGAUCCCCCUCGGGAGCUGGGAACACGGCUCCAGCCCACGCCUUCAGGGAGCAGCUAGCCCUCUGCGAGCCUCGAGCAGAGGGCCUCGAGGACGAACAGCAGGGCCAGUUUUUUCUGGAUGCCUAGGCUGUUGGCUCACUGACUAGAACUGAAUCUCGUCAUUUUGUACCAGCUCCACCAUUCACUGUAUCUUACAUUAAACGUUGUAUUCA